AGAGUAAUACAAGAAUACAAGAGAAUCAGUAACAGUUUGUACGACGCGUCUCGCUUGCGAAUAUAUUGUCGUAUGUUGCUCUCUAAAAGGGCAAUGAUACGAUGAAUACUAUCAAGUGUUUUAUAUUCAUAUUCGCAAUUAUAUGUAAUUCAUUUACUUUUGCAUAUGAUGAAUGUAAUGAACCACUUUUGGAUAGAGCUCACUUAACGGCUACUACUUCAUUACCUAACAGAGGUCCAGAAAAUGCCAGGCUCAAUGGCGGAAGCGCAUGGACAGCUAGCAGUUCAGACUUUGGUCAGUACUUUAUCAUCGACUUGGGUCAAAUAAUGAACAUCACAGCUGUGGCGACCCAAGGUCGAGCAGUACAAAAUGAGUAUGUUAUGGAAUAUGUUAUCAGUUAUGGCACAAAUGGCUUGGACUACGUUGAAUUCAAAGAAGAAGAUGGUAAUAUUAAGAUGUUUAAAGGUAAUAUAGAUGGUGAUACCAUAAAACUUAACAAAUUUGAAGUACCAAUUAUUGCACAAUGGAUUAGAAUAAAUCCUACUCGAUGGCGGGAUAGAAUAUCAUUAAGAUUAGAAUUAUAUGGAUGUGACUAUGUAUCAGACAUCCUUUCCUUCAAUGGUUCAUCUCUUUUACGAUAUGAUUUAUUAAGGGAACCAAUAGAAACUGACAGACAUUUUAUACGUUUUCGAUUUAAAACAAAUAAUGCAGAUGGUAUUUUAAUGUAUUCUCGCGGGACACAAGGAGAUUAUAUAGCUUUACAAUUAAAAGAUAAUAGAAUGAUAUUAAAUAUAGAUUUGGGAUCUGGUAUUAUGACAAGUCUAUCUGUUGGAAGUCUUCUUGAUGAUAAUAUGUGGCAUGAUGUUUUGAUAUCACGUAAUAGGAAAAAUAUUUCAUUCUCUGUAGAUAGAGUAUUAAUUAAAGGAAGAAUAAAAGGAGAGUUUCAUAGACUGGAUUUAAAUAGAGCACUUUAUAUAGGUGGUGUACCCAACAAACAGGAUGGAUUAGUAGUCAAUCAAAAUUUUACUGGAUGCAUAGAAAAUUUUUAUCUUAAUGCAACUAGUAUUAUUCAUGAUUUAAAAGAAACAGAAAUUACUGGUGAAAAUCUUAGAUACUAUAAAGUGAAUACACUUUAUAAUUGUCCUGAACCUCCCAUAAUUCCCGUUACAUUUUUAACUCAUGGUUCAUAUGCUAGACUUAAAGGAUAUGAAGGAGUAUCUUCUUUGAAUGUUUCUCUUACUUUUCGAACAUACGAAGAUAAGGGUAUUAUUUUAUAUCACCAAUUUACUUCUCCAGGUUAUGUGAAGCUAUUUUUAGAAGAUGGUAAACUGAAAAUUGAUAUUCAAACAAAAGGAAAUCCUCAAGUAAUUUUAGACAAUUUUGAUGAAAAGUUUAAUGAUGGCAAAUGGCAUCAAAUUAUUCUAACAAUUUCGAAAAACAAUCUUAUUCUAAAUGUCGAUGGAACACCCAUGCGAACUAGACGUAUAUUAGAUAUGGUUACGGGUCCUAUUUAUAUGAUUGGUGGUAUGAUAGGAAUAGAAAGCAGUCGCGGUUUUAUUGGUUGCAUGCGUAUGAUUAGUAUCGAUGGUAAUUACAAAUUACCAACUGAUUGGAAAGAAGAGGAAUACUGUUGCAAAAACGAAAUUGUUUUCGAUGCUUGUCAGAUGAUGGACCGUUGCAAUCCGAAUCCGUGCAAACAUUUUGGCGUAUGUCGACAAAAUUCUGAUGAAUUUUUCUGUGAUUGUGCCAAUACAGGAUAUACAGGAGCAGUUUGUCACACUUCUUUAAAUCCCCUUUCAUGCGAGGCAUAUAAAAACAUAAAUUCAGUUAAUCAACGAGCAGAUAUUAAAAUAGAUGUUGACGGAAGUGGUCCUUUGAAACCUUUUCCAGUUGUUUGUGAAUUUUAUACAGAUGGACGUGUAAGAACGAUUUUGCGACAUAAUAAUGAACGCAUGACACCUGUGGAUGGAUUUCAAGAACCAGGUAGUUUCGUUCAAGAUAUUAUUUACGAUGCGGACAUGGAUCAAAUUGAAGCUCUUUUAAAUCGAUCUACUAAUUGUAGGCAGAGAAUUAGUUACGAAUGUGUACAUUCCAAGUUGUUUAAUUCACCAGUACCGCAAGGAGAUUAUUUCAGACCAAAUUCAUGGUGGGUCAGUAGAAAUAAUCAAAAAAUGGAUUAUUGGGGAGGAGCUUUGCCAGGUUCGCGUAAAUGCGAAUGUGGUAUACUCGGAAAUUGUGCAGAUCCUACUAAAUGGUGUAAUUGUGAUUCUGAUUUGGAUGGUUUAUUUGAAGAUAGUGGAGAUAUUACAGAGAAAGAAUAUCUUCCAGUUAAACAAUUGCGAUUUGGUGAUACUGGUACACCAGUUGAUGAUAAAGAAGGACGUUAUACACUUGGACCACUUAUUUGUGAAGGAGAUGAUUUGUUCAAAAAUGUAGUAACAUUCCGUAUUGUUGAUGCCUCUAUAAACUUACCAACUUUCGAUAUUGGUCAUAGCGGUGAUAUUUAUUUUGAAUUUAAAACGACCAUUGAAAAUGCUGUUAUAAUUCACAGCAAGGGGCCUACAGAUUACAUAAAAAUCUCUAUAAAUAGUGGAAAUCAGAUUCAGUUCCAGUAUCUAGCGGGUAGUGGUCCACUUACUGUCAGUGUACAAACCUCGUAUAGAUUAGCUGAUAAUCGAUGGCAUUCCGUAUCGGUUGAAAGAAAUCGUAAAGAGGCUAGAAUCGUAGUGGAUGGAGCAUUAAAAAAUGAAGUAAGAGAACCUCCGGGACCGGUACGAGCGCUUCAUCUUACAUCAGAAUUUGUAGUUGGUGCUACGACAGAUUAUAGAGAUGGUUAUGUGGGAUGUAUUAGAGCGCUUCUUUUGAAUGGACAGUUGCAAGAUUUAAGAAGUUAUACCCGUCAAAAUUUAUAUGGAAUUUCUGAAGGUUGUAUGGGUAAAUGUGAGAGUAGCCCUUGUCUUAAUAAUGGCACAUGUCAUGAAAGAUAUGAUGGAUAUUCUUGCGAUUGUCGAUGGACUGCAUUUAAAGGUCCAAUUUGUGCAGAUGAAAUUGGUGUCAAUAUGCGUCCAAGUUCAAUAAUAAAGUAUGAUUUUAUGGGUAGCUGGCGAUCUACAAUUUCUGAAAAAAUUAGAGUUGGUUUUACAACGACGAAUCCUAAAGGUUUUCUACUUGGGCUUUUUUCAAAUAUUUCUGGAGAAUAUAUGACAAUUAUGGUUUCGAAUAGUGGCCACUUACGCGUAGUUUUCGAUUUUGGUUUCGAACGGCAAGAAGUAAUUUUUCCUAAUAAGCAUUUUGGUUUGGGACAGUAUCAUGAUGUUAGAGUGGGCAGAAAAAAUUCAGGAGCGAUACUUGUAUUACAAGUCGACAAUUACGAACCAAAAGAGUUUUCCUUCAACAUUAAAACCUCGGCUGACGCACAAUUUAAUAAUAUUCAAUAUAUGUAUAUUGGAAGAAACGAAUCCAUGACUGAAGGUUUUGCUGGUUGCAUAUCUAGAGUAGAAUUUGAUGAUAUUUACCCAUUAAAAUUAUUAUUCCAAGAAGAUGGACCUGGAAAUGUUCGCUCUUUUGGUACUCCUCUUACUGAAGAUUUUUGUGGUGUGGAACCGAUUACACAUCCACCUGAUAUCAUAGAAACUCGUCCACCACCUCAAGUAGAUGAAGAAAAAGUUCGAGCUGCUUACAACGAAACAGACACCGCAAUUUUGGGAAGUGUAUUAGCUGUCAUUAUUAUAGCUUUAAUUAUAAUGGCUGUACUUAUAGGAAGAUAUAUGUCGAGACAUAAAGGCGAAUAUUUAACACAAGAAGAUAAGGGUGCUGAAAUAGCAUUGGAUCCAGAUUCUGCAGUUGUUCAUUCUGCCACUGGACAUCAAGUUCAAAAAAAGAAAGAAUGGUUUAUUUAAGUAUAAAAUUGAAUAACGUGCUAGAAUACUUAGUAAAUUAUGCUUAUAAGUGCACUUUGAAGUGUCAUAUAAGAAAAGAUUUUAUAGAAAAAAUAAAAAGAAACAUCUCUCUACUGUUUCGAUUUAAUAAUAACUGUAUAAAAUGAUUUAUGGAGACUGGUAAAUUUAAUUAGUUAACAUAAACAAAUUUUACAAAUCUCUCAUAAAAUACUGGACUGGAAAAAAUUUUUGAAAUUUUCCUUAAAAGAUAAGGUAAAAAUAAGGAAUAUUAAAACUGUGUUGUUUGUUUUAUUUUUGUAAUAGUACAAUUCAUCAUCACAGAAAAUAAUAUAAAAAUUAUAUUGCGUUAAAAAAUCUAAGCAUGUAGAAAUAUUAUUUAUAUUUUUUAGAAUAUUUUAUUUUUUUAAGUAGAAAUUUUUAUAUUUAAAUUAAUUAUAUAAAAUUUAUCUUUAAAUUUAGAUCAAUUAUUUUUUUUUCAUCGAUUUUAAUGAUUUUGAAAUAUAUUGUGAAGAAUAUCAUUUUGAAUAACUUUUUCCUUUAUAGAUAACUGUUUAUUUAUAUAAAGGAAAAAAUUAUUCAAAAUGAUUUUAUAACAAUGAUAUCUUUUAAGUCACUAAAAAUUAUUAAAAUCGAUGAGGAGAAAGUAUAUUAAUAAAUUUAUCAAAAUUUAUUUCAUACACUUAUUAGUAUAAAUCGUAGUAUUGCUAGUAAUAAAAAGUAAAGUAAAGAAAUCGAUUUAAUUAUAUGACUACAAUUAUUUUAGGCUACAAGGUGCAUAAAUAUUUAUUAUGUACAUUUAAAUUUAGAUUGAACGGCAGGAUAUUAUUAUGUUAGAUAUUUAUUUGUUUACUUUUGAUUAUGUUAAAAAUGAGAACAAUUAUUUGUUUCUUUCUUAUUCACAAUCUACUUAACGUUAAUUAUAAAAUUAACAAAAAUUAAUUGAUUUCAAAACGCAUUUUUAUAAAAAUCUAUUGAUUAUAUUUUUUUUAAUAAUGAUAUGUACAAAAGAAUUGUACAUAUAAAAUAUUUCUAAAUUUUUAGAAACAUUCUGUUAUAUAUAAAAUACUUUUUACUUUUUUCCGCAAAAUGUGUUCUCAGUAUUAUUUGUAAUGCUUACCGUCCAAAGUGCAUUUUAUUUUUUUUUUAUAUUUAUUUUGUUUACAUUUGUUUAUUAUGUAUUACAGAUAUUUUAUUUCUUUUAUGAAUUGUAAUAAUCCUGUAUUGUAAUUUAACAUUAAUUUAGUAAUAAUUAAUAUUCAAAUAUUCGUAUAACAGUGAGAAUGUAUAUAUAUCAUUUUUAUACAAAGAAAAUGUUUUAUUGUAAUAAUAUGCCAGUGUAUAUUUUAUAUACUAUAUUUAGCAGAACUUAUGUGCUGCUCAAUAAAGACAAGAAAUUAUAA